CACAAAUGGAGGUUGGUCAUGAAGAUAUUGAUUUUGGAGAAGAUAUCUACGGUUUAGAGAAUGAAGAGCACUAUAGUGGAAAUGGUGAAGAUUUUGAAAUGGAUAGAGAGAGACGAUCAAGAUGAUGGUGUGCUCUUAAAAAUGACUACAAGCUAUAACAAUGAGGCAAAUGCUAAUGUGGAAGGAGACACUGUUCUGGCUGCGAAUAUCAAGAAGAAGAAAGUUUACAAGUCAAAUACUCCUAGAGGUCCCACAAGAAAUCUACAAUUGGCAAAACUGAGACCCGGUGAGAGGAAUAAAGUAGACUUUAACAUAAAGGGAGAACCCAUUGGUGUUAAUAGAGCUAGUCUAGCGAACUAUUGUAGUGCCAUUGUUAGAGAUACUCUCAAUGCACCACUUUAUCAGAUUGAAGAGUUUUCACAAAUACCCGAUGAGAAAAAGGAUAAGAUGUGGCGGCUUAUUUUGGUAUUGAUAAUUUUAAUCUAUGUAAAUAGUACAUUGGUUUUAUUUAAGUUAUUAAAUUUUGCUAAGAGCUCUUGAAUUUUGCAAGGAAAAAUUUGAUAUUGGGCUUGAUGAUGUUGAAGAUGAAGAGCAAUAUGAAAAGCUAAGUGAAAAGAGAAAAAAGACUUUGAUGAAAUCUUUGAAAAAGAAGUACAAAAGUUAUAGAGGAAGACUGAAAAGUAAUUAUUACGAUACUGAAGACACAAAUGUGGAACGGUUAAAGGAUGAAAAUAAACCACCGUGUGUUAACAAAAAAGACUGGAAGUGGCUUGUGGAGUAUUUUGGAUCUCCAAAGUUUCAGGAGAUGAGUAAACGAAAUAGUAAGAACCGCUCAUGCCAAACUGCUGGACACACCGCUGGCACAAAGAGUUUUGCUCAAGUUAUUCAUGAAGUGUGUGAAAAAGAGCAAGUCAUGCCGAACAUAUUGGAAGCAUACGAGAUAACCCAUACCAAAAUUGAUAAGACGCUAGUGAAUGAUGUUGCGAAGCAAAAUAUUUAAAAAAUGAAGGAGCUUUUAGAGCAACGUGCAGCAGGGAAAAAUAAUUUGACGGAUGAAGAAAUUUAUGAAAAAGUUAAACCCAAAGGAAAAUGCCAACGUGAUCAUCGAAUGGGAGUAAGUCCUUCCAUUACAUCAAUGUAUGGGUCAUUCAGUGAAGGAGAACAAUUGCGUAAAGAAGCAGAAGAGGCCAAGAAAGAAGCUAAUGAGGCUAAGAAAGAAGCAUUUGAGGCCAAUGAGAAAAAUAAAGUGCUCACCAAAGAAGUGAAGCGUUUCAAAAGCGAGAUGAAAAAUAUGAAAGGUUGUAUGGAGAAAUUUUUGAACAUCAUGGGUUAUGAUAUCUCAGAUUUAAUAACGAAUGAGGUUGAUGAGGAGAGUGAUGAAGUAUCAUCGGAUGGAGAAGAUCAAUGAAUUAUUUGAAAUGAUUUUGUCCUUAGCUUGUAGUUAUAUUUGACUUCAACUUUUGAUUAGUAGGCAAUACAUUUCUUUAGCUAUGUAUUAAUAUAUUAAAUAUUAUUGACUUAUUAUAAAAUUUUGAAGUUAGUUAUUUACUUAUUUGUAAUAGUUGGAUGACUAAACCUUGCUUUGUAUUUAUGCUGCAUCAUAAUGCAGUUUUUGCUUUGUU